AUGUACAGGCAGGUGAAGGUGGCCAAUGAAGACACAGAUUUUCAGCGCAUUUACUGGCGUGAGAAUCCAGAUGCUGAACUUCAGCAUCUCCGUCAUUUGAGAGUGACAUUUGGUACUUCUUCCGCUCCCUACCUAGCCGUUCGGUCGCUUCAACAGUUAGCUUAUGAUGAGGGUUCAGAUUUUCCAUUAAUAAAAGAUAAGGUGUUGUCUGAAUUUUACAUGGAUGAUCUUAUGUCUGGAUGUGAAGGUACUGAAGAUGGCGUGAAGAUCUACAAACAAUUGACAGAAAUGUUAAGGCGUGGUGGGUUCCAACUUCAGAAGUGGUCAAGCAAUAGUUCUAGCCUAAUGAAUUUAAUAAAGGAAGGUCAAGAUGUGAACGAUGUUAGAGAAAUCAAACUAGAUGAAAUUUCAAAAAUUUUAGGAUUAACAUGGAAUAAAGUAACUGAUGAAUUUGAAUAUACUGUCAACCUUCCUCCGCUGGAAACCCCAGUAACAAAACGUAAGGUUAUCUCGGAUAUAGCCCGACUGUUUGAUCCCCUUGGCUUUUUGGCUCCAGUCAUAACGACUGCCAAGAUCUUUAUACAGCGGUUGUGGUUAUGUGGCAUUGGAUGGGAUGAACAACUGCCAGCUUCUUUGCUUAUAGACUGGUUGGAGUAUCGAAGAGAUCUUUGUAACCUUACUAACUUUCAUAUACCUCGUUGGAUUGAAAGUAGUAGCGAAGAUCAAAUAAUGGAAUUGCACGGGUUUUCAGAUGCAUCCAAUUUAGCGUACGCCGCUGUAGUUUAUGCACGAGUUGUAGAUAGCGAGGGCAAUGUUCACACUAAUUUAGUAGCUUCUAAAACAAAAAUUGCUCCUAUUAAGACGCUAUCUAUUCCUCGUUUGGAAUUGUGUGGAGCUGUGUUAUGUGCGAAGCUUCUUCAUUAA